GCAUCUCCGAAACUUCAUCUCACCACAUCAUCGAAACGAUCAAGCCCAUUAUUUUCCCCUCAAAUUUCAGAUCACGCUGAUGAAAAAGACAAAGCUUUGCCUCCCUUGACAUUUUGUUUCUUCCAGCGUUAUUUACAAUAUUAUUAUUUGAUGGCAUCGCUUUUAUAAUUCAACUGAAUACUAAAAAGGAAACCAAGUGGCACAACAUGUUAAACCUAAAAGUUAAAACUCAAGAUCUCAGGGGAAGAAGAAGAUAAUGGUGGACAACCACUCCACUCCAUUUCCACUUUCAGCAAAAAUAUUGAGCAAUAGAAAAUGAUCAAUUUCCUUUUGUGGGUUACUGUUUAUUCACCCACGCUUUUCCCGAACAUUUUCCCUUUUGUUUUAAAUCGCCGACUGGUUUUUCACCAAGAGUGGCUCUGUGGCUGAUGGGGGCCGCUUGCCAAACUGGGGAAGUAUUUCUGUUUUUUUUGGGAUUUUAAUUUGCAAAUUUUCCAGAAAGAAGAAGUAGAGAGAGAGACAGCAGAGACGUAUUGAUUCCACUAACCAAAAUCGUGUGGCCGUGGUUAGUCCAGAAAUAAAGAAAUCAAAAUUCGUGUGGCCGUCGUCAAGAGCUCCCCCAACAGCCAUGGCCCGCACUCUCACCUUUCCUUUUCCUUCCUCUUCCCUUCCCUUCCAGAAAAUUUUCUCGCUUGGAAAGUCGAAAGCGGCUUCAGUUUCAUCCAAAAAAUCGUUCCAUCUACCAGCUGCCAAUAAACCCUCCGCCUUCUCCCGCCGCGGCCGCGCAAAUCAAACUUCCCCGCCGAUUUUCCUUCUCUUCUUGCAGCGGAGAUCUGAAGCUCGGUUCAACUCUGUGCUUUUAAUGGCGUUGACGGAGCGGAGAACAGAAGAAGAUUUGUAGAGGAAGAGAUUUUCAAGAUAGAAGGCACUAGCAAAGGGAAGAGGAAGAAGCCGAAAUAGUACACACUCAGCAGAGGGCGAAAAAAAAAUGCGGACGCUCUGUGACGUUUGCGAAAACGCCGCCGCCAUCCUCUUCUGCGCCGCCGACGAGGCUGCUCUCUGCCGCGCCUGCGAUGAUAAGGUUCAUUUGUGUAACAAGCUAGCUAGUCGGCAUGUGCGUGUUGGGCUAGCUGUUCCGAACGCGGUUCCUCGUUGCGACAUUUGUGAGAAUGAACCUGCGUUCUUUUAUUGCGAGGUUGAUGGUACUUCGCUCUGCCUGCAAUGCGACAUGUCUGUGCACGUUGGUGGCAAGAGGACGCACGGGAGAUAUCUCUUACUGAGGCAGAGGGUGGAGUUUCCAGGUGACAAACCUGGCCAUGUGGAGGAUGAUGUUAUGAGGGAUCAAAUGCCGCCACCUAAAUUUAUGAAGCCAGUAACUCAGCAAGAUCGUAGGGUUUCUCCGGCUCCGGUGGCAGAGAACAACAAUUCGGUUGGCAGGAAUGGAACAAUGGAAAAUAAUUUGUUUGACCUUAAUUCCAGCCCUCGAAGAACUAAUGGGAAAGAUCCGACUAACCAGGGACAGGGAGGUAACGUAGCGAAUGGGGCAAACUGAAGAGUCUGCUAAUGUUGUGGUUCAAGGACCCUUCAAAAGAGAGCAUGCAAAAAGUAAAUCAAGAUGACUCUCAUGGUGCCCGAUUCUGAAGACUUCAAUAGCUCGAAACUCGGCCUUUCACACCAUUAUCAUAUAGGAUAGAUGGUUAGUACACUACUGCUGCCUACGGUUGGUUAGGAGAGAAGCUGAGAUUUUUUCCUUCUUUUUUGUGUCUGUGUAAAGCAAAAUGCAGCUUUUGUUGUGAACCAAGUACAAGAAACUCGUUCAGUAGGGCGGUUCUGAUGCUAGUUAAUGGUUAACAUUUAUACAAAACCACAUGCUGUUUGAUGUAAGGACCUCAAUAAUCUGUUAAACUAGUUCAUCUGCCCAGAAACUGCUGCAAAAUUAGGCCAUCAACGCCUAAAUUAGCCUCCCUAAUCCUCCUCCUCGAAGGGUUGGGGU